AUGACAACAGUUUAUUCACCCUCUUCCGCCGCGAAAUCCACCAUGGAAGACUCCAACCACCACCGCUCCAAGAAGAGUCAACGCCGGCGCCGUCCCUCCGCCACUCCGACAAACGGCGACUACUCCGACGUGGAGGACGCGGAAGACGGCGAUCCCGAGGCGUGGGCGACACUGAACAAGAGUUUCCGGCAGGUUCAGUCGGUGCUUGACCGGAACAGAGCAAUUAUUCAGCAGGUGAACGAGAAUCAACAAUCUCGAAUGCCGGAUAACAUGGUGAAAAACGUUUCUUUGAUUCAAGAACUUAAUGGAAAUAUCUCUAAGGUUGCUUCUCUUUAUUCCGAUCUCAAUUCUGAUUUCACGAGUAUUUGUCACCAACAACAACGAUCUUCUCACACGCGUGGAAAAUAA